UUCCUGCCGUGCGGUCCUCUCCCCUCCCCAGCCCGCUCCCUCCGCCCCGUUCCCUCCGCCCUCCCUGGGCUUCGGCGGCGGCGGAGUGAACGGGACGGGCCCGGCCGCAGAGCUCUGGGCGGCGGGUGGGACUCGGGCGUCUGACAGAGUUGUUGUUCCGGCACGGCCGCGGAGACGUGAGUUGUGCCAGGUGGAUGUGGGCAGAGAGGUUUGCAGGACUGAAAUGGAAGUCAGAGCUUCGUUCCAGAAGGUUAGUGGGUCAUCUGAUUCUGUGGCCACGCUGAACAGUGAAGAAUUUGUUUUGGUUUCGCAGCACACAGACGACACUUCUAUAAAGGAUGAUGGGAAGCCACAGCUGAAGAUAGCUUCCAAUGGUGAUGAGCAGUUGGAAAAAGCCAUGGAAGAGAUUUUGAGAGAUUCUGAGAAAGGACAAAGCAGUCUACCUGCUGAUUGCCAAGGAUCCAGUGAGAUUUCAGACUGUUCCUUUGGAGAUGUGCCAGCCAGCCAAACAAAUAAGCCACCUCUCCAGUUAAUUUUGGAUCCAUCUAAUACAGAAAUUUCCACACCCAGACCAUCUUCUCCAAGCAGAUUUCCUGAAGAAGAUAGUGUUCUCUUUAACAAGUUGACAUACUUAGGAUGUAUGAAGGUUUCUUCCCCACGCAGUGAAGUGGAGGCUUUACGGGCCAUGGCCACCAUGAGAGCCUCCAGUCAGUAUCCCUUUGCUGUUACUCUGUAUGUGCCCAACGUUCCAGAAGGAUCUGUGAGAAUCAUAGACCAGUCAAGCAAUGUGGAGAUAGCAUCUUUUCCAAUUUAUAAAGUACUGUUCUGUGCACGUGGGCAUGAUGGGACAACUGAGAGCAAUUGCUUUGCAUUUACAGAGAGUUCUCAUGGUUCAGAAGAAUUUCAGAUACAUGUUUUCUCCUGUGAAAUUAAAGAGGCAGUAAGCAGAAUUUUAUAUAGUUUCUGCACUGCAUUCAAACGUUCUUCCAGACAAGUGUCUGAUGUUAAAGACUCAGUCAUCCCGACUCCCGACAGUGAUGUGUUUACCUUCAGUGUCUCCUUGGAGGUCAAAGAAGAUGAUGGAAAAGGAAACUUUAGUCCUGUACCUAAGGAUAGAGAUAAAUUUUAUUUCAAAAUAAAGCAAGGAAUAGAGAAGAAGGUUGUGAUUACAGUUCAGCAGCUGUCUAACAAAGAAUUAGCUAUUGAGAGAUGUUUUGGAAUGUUAUUAAGCCCAGGUCGAAACGUGAAGAACAGUGACAUGCAUUUACUGGAUAUGGAGUCCAUGGGAAAGAGCUAUGAUGGGAGAGCUUAUGUCAUCACAGGCAUGUGGAACCCCAACGCACCAAUAUUUCUGGCUCUUAAUGAAGAAACUCCGAAAGAUAAACGGGUGUAUAUGACUGUUGCAGUGGACAUGGUGGUCACAGAGGUAGUGGAGCCUGUCCGCUUUCUCCUGGAGACAGUAGUUCGUGUAUAUCCUGCAAAUGAGAGAUUUUGGUAUUUUAGCAGAAAGACUUUCACAGAGACUUUCUUCAUGAGGUUGAAACAGUCCGAGGGAAAAGGUCACAGCAGUGCUGGAGAUGCAAUAUAUGAAGUGGUGAGUCUGCAGAGAGAAUCUGACAAGGAGGAGCCCGUCACCCCUACUAGUGCAGGGGGCCCAAUGUCACCACAGGAGGAUGAAGCAGAAGAGGAGAGUGAUAAUGAACUCUCAAGUGGAACAGGUGAUGUGUCAAAAGACUGUCCUGAGAAGAUUCUCUAUUCUUGGGGAGAAUUGUUAGGAAGAUGGCACAAUAACCUUGGUGGCCGACCAAAAGGACUAUUCACCUUGGUAAAGAGUGGUGUUCCUGAGGCACUAAGGGCAGAAGUAUGGCAGCUAUUAGCAGGAUGCCAUGACAACCAGGCAAUGCUAGAUAAAUAUCGAAUCCUUAUCACAAAGGACUCGGCACAGGAGAGUGUUAUUACUCGAGAUAUUCAUCGUACAUUUCCUGCACACGAUUACUUCAAAGACACUGGAGGAGAUGGUCAAGAAUCCCUUUACAAAAUCUGCAAGGCCUACUCUGUGUUUGAUGAAGACAUUGGGUAUUGUCAAGGACAGUCUUUUCUUGCUGCUGUAUUACUGUUGCAUAUGCCGGAGGAGCAAGCAUUCUGUGUUUUGGUGAAUAUUAUGUAUGGUUAUAAAUUGAGAGACUUAUACAGAAACAAUUUUGAAGAUCUUCAUUGCAAAUUCUAUCAACUUGAGAAACUAAUGCAGGAACAGCUGCCAGACCUGUACAGCCACUUCUGUGAUCUGAACCUGGAAGCUCAUAUGUAUGCAUCCCAGUGGUUCCUCACUCUCUUUACUGCCAAGUUUCCACUCUGCAUGGUGUUCCACAUCAUUGACCUUCUGCUGUGUGAGGGUUUGAAUAUAAUCUUUCAUGUAGCUUUGGCUCUUCUAAAGACCUCAAAGGAAGACCUCCUUCAGGCUGAUUUUGAAGGUGCUUUGAAGUUUUUCAGAGUUCAGCUUCCAAAGAGAUACCGGGCAGAGGAGAAUGCAAGAAGAUUGAUGGAGCAGGCUUGCAAUAUUAAAGUACCAACCAAAAAGCUGAAGAAAUAUGAAAAAGAAUAUCAGGCAAUGCGGGAGAAUCAGCUGCAGCAGGAGGACCCACUGGAUAGAUACAAGAGGGAGAACCGAAGAUUACAGGAGGCCAGCAUGAGGUUGGAACAAGAAAAUGAUGACCUUGCCCAUGAACUAGUGACAAGCAAAAUUGCUCUGCGGAAUGACUUGGAUCAGGCAGAAGACAAAGCUGAUGUGUUGAAUAAGGAGCUCCUCUUUACCAAGCAGAGGUUAGUGGAGACUGAGGAAGAGAAGAGGAAGCAAGAGGAGGAGACCGCCCAGCUAAAAGAAGUCUUCAGGAAACAGCUAGAAAAGGCAGAAUAUGAGAUAAAAAAGACGACAGCUAUCAUUGCUGAGUAUAAACAGAUAUGUUCUCAGCUAAGUACCAGGCUGGAGAAACAGCAAGCGGCCAGCAAGGAGGAGCUAGACGCAGUAAAGUGUAAGAUGAUGGCAUGCAAACACUGCAGUGAUAUCUUCAGCAAGGAAGGAGCUUUAAAGCCAGUGGCCAUAAAUAGAGAGGACCAGGGACUUGAAGCAGAUGAUGAAAAGGACUCACUUAAGAAGCAGCUGAGGGAGAUGGAACUGGAACUGGCACAAACUAAACUGCAGCUGGUGGAAGCCAAGUGCAAAAUCCAGGAACUUGAGCAUCAGAGAGGAGCGCUCAUGAAUGAAAUACAAGCUGCAAAAAACUCUUGGUUUAGUAAAACCCUGAACUCUAUCAAAACAGCCACAGGCACUCAGCCACUACAGCCACCACAGGCUCCCCAGCCACCCAAGGAGAGCACAUAGUGCCAGCCUCAGCCAUGCACAAGAGCACAAUGAUCAAAACAUCAGAAACCAAGAAUUUUCCCUGUUGUCCCUUUGAAGAAACUAAAGGGGACCAGAAAGCAAGUUAGGCUCUUUUCAGUAGCUCUGUCUCAUGUAUGACAUUUUUCAGAGGGUUGUUAUUUAAACUGACCUGGUUUAUGUUGAAUAUCUAUUUCCCAGCUUCUUCAUGGAAAACCACAUUCAUCUCCAUCACAUUACACAUCGUUUUAUAUGCCUGAAAUUUAGUUGGAAAUGAGUAAUCUAGAACUAAAUGCUUUUGUUUAGAAUUAAUUAUUCAUAAUAAUUUUUAUCUUAACAUAAAAAUGAAGACAUGUUAUCCCAAGGUUGAAAUGGUAAGAUCUUUGUUGCAGAAGUCUGUUUUUAAAGGGAAACUAAGUCUCUUUAAUGUUCCAGGAUUAUUCCUAUAAAGCACACGUGGGGCUGCACAUCACCGCUGACAGGUUUUACCCUGAAAGUGACUUCCAGAGUACGGUUACUCCUGCCCAGGAAAACAACAGACCAGGGGUUGGCUUGAAAGUUUCCCUCCAACUAUUUUGAGUUGGUUACACUUGGAAAUGGAGGGCCAAUAGCUGUUGAGUAGAUGGGCUACUGGACUCUAAAUGAAUAAAGACUUUAAAUAAAUGUGCAAAAAAAUCAAUUGGCUCUGGUAUUCUAGCAGUUCCAUUUAAAGACUCCACAUGGGGCUUAUUCUCCUGAUGUGCCUAUCACAGAGGUGACUUGUGGCAAAUGUAACCUCAAAGAUGGACAUUCUAAGUUCCUUCUCUGGAGAAAUCUAAACAUGCCCAUGUUCAAGCAUUGGACUUCAGAUGAAACAGUGGUGAGGCAAUGGGUAAUGACAAACGUGUUAAGGCCAACACCCAUGUUCUGUACUUUAUUAAAGGAUGUAAUGUUGCCAAGGAAGUUGAGGAGAUCUUCCCAGCACUUGAGUGCUGGCCAACUUUCUUAACUUAUUCCUUAACUCCCAAAAUGUGUGUCACACCUAGGAAUAAAGAGAACAAGUAUAUUUUUCACAUUUUGGAUUGACUAAACCUUUAUAGAAAUUCUUAACUCAUGGAUUGGAAGGGUAGCUGUUAAAAAAAAUGGUGCAAAUAUUUUUUCAAUUAUAUUUGACAUGUCUGUAUAAAUAGCCCUUGCAAGAAAUUCUUUGAAAAGAACAAAACUAAUUUUUCCAUUUUCUAAGCUACUAUGGAAGUCUCUGGUCCCUUUAUAGCAACCAAACAACUGUCAGUCAUGUACAGUAACAUUUGUUUAUAUUCAUCUUUAGCUUCAUUUUUAUUCAUACUGUUUCCAAAGUAUCUUCAAGUAUGGAGUGCCACCGUGGUUCUCCUCUGUGCCAUAUAUUGUAAUAACCCACUCUGAGAGAGAUCUCUCAACCCCUGCCUUCAUGUUGCUCAUGAUCGAUCCUUCCUCUAAGAUCAUUUCUGAGUUCUAGUAAGUGGAAUUUCUUUAUUCUCUAGAUAUCUGUAUCAUCUACAGGCCAUAAAACUGAUGUUGUUGUUGUUUGUUUGUUUGGUUGGGUUUUUUUUUUGGUUUUUUGAGGCAGGGUUUCUCUGUGUAGC